AUGCGCCGGAGAGCUUUAGCAGCUACAUCAAAGAUAUCCUCAUUAGCGCAAGCUCCUUCUGUUUCCAGGGUCUGGUCGAAUUUUGAGUCGAGGUCGCCGUCACUUCUGAUUAAUAAUGAGCAAGUAAAGAAAGGUUUGCUCAACAAGCUCGAUCCUAAACAAGGACCCGCAUCAUAUCCUACAUAUGAGGAAAGAUUACAAUACCACUCACCAUUAGAGAUUGACGAGACAUUUGCAGUUUCCUACAAGAUCUUAGAAGAAGAGGCGUCCCGCUCAUUUGCAAGUGCACAACGAUUACAAGAGAUCAAAAACAACUUGGUGAAGGAAGGUAAAGAUUUGGGACAUUUACAAACUAGAAUCGAUGAAAAAUUGAUUCAAGCAGAAAUCAAGAACCCUGAAGUCUUGUACAAUGUAGAGUUCAGUGAUCCUGAUAGCAUAGACAUGUCGCAGCCCGUUUACAGACAUUUGAUGAAGCAGAAAUGGGAGGACCAUGACUUGAUGUUGUUGAUGCAAAGAUUGGAACAAUUGCACGUUAUUCCAGAUACGAUGCCCACAUUGGACCCCAAGGCAGAAGUUAAAAUCAAAUUCACCCACAAUACUGACCCAUUAUUCAAGGGAUGGGUCGUUCCCGGCUCAAUGGUGCCUGCACACUCUGUGUCUAAACCACCCACCAUCAAGGUCCAAGAGUUUGACAGAAUCGAAGGUGACAACAAUUUGUACACUGUUUUGAUUGUUAAUCCUGAUACUCCAAAUUUGGAAACAAAUUCAUUUACCACCAAAUUGCACUAUGGAUUGAAAAACGUACCUUUGAACAAUGUUGAUAACUUGAUUGAUGUACCCAAGUUGAUGAAGAUGGGCCCCAAAGUCACUUUCCAAGAGUACACACCAUUGACCCCAGAAAAGAAUACUUCAUACCAAAGAGCAUGUUUGUGGGUUUUUAGACAACCACAAAAGAUUGCAGAUGAUGCAGAAGCGCUUCAAUUAGGACAAGAGCAUUUCGAUAUUAGAAAGUUUGCCCAAGAUCACGGCUUGACUGCCGUUGGUGCAACUGUAUGGAGACAAAAAUUUGACAGAAGCGUUCCAAAAGUCAGAGAAGAAUACGGCUUGGGUCCAGGUAGAGUUUACUACAAGACCAGAAGCGAUGAAAUGGUGAACUUUUGA